AGCGCUAGUUUCGCUCCAGCUGCCGAACAGUGACAACUUUAACAACAGCAAGUGUUGCGACUGUUAUGUUAGAUUGUAUGUCAUACUAACAAAUGUAAAUCGUGGAGAUAAAUGAGCUGAGCGGCUAAUAAAUGCAGUAAUGGACCGCAAAAAAACUACUUGGAUAAAAGAGGAAACUAAUGAGAUACCAAGUUCACCAGGCUCCAUUGUUCAGGUAUGCCCCUCCAGUAUGAAAAUAAAGGAAGAAUCGCAGGAGACUGGGAAUCAAGAGUGUCUGGAAGACCCAUUUGUAGCUUCAGAGUUCACUGAUUCUAUCAAGGAGGAUUCAGUACUAAGUUUCGGAGCAGAAGAAACUGAGAAUUUUAUGUUCAGCAGUUCUGAAUAUGAUCCUCUGGGAGUUAAGACAGAGGAGGGUUCAACAUUUGAGAAUGGCGAUCUUGGUGAGUGUGAUCCAUUGUGGAUAACAGAUGAUAAGGAGGUAGUCUCAAAAAGAUGUGCACCACACAGUACACGGUUGAUUAAAAUCACUGGCAAACCAGAUACAAUUGCAUUUGAAGAAACAUACCUGCAAGGAGCAACUGGUGGUGAACUUGACAUCACUCCAGAGAAUUCAGCAGAUUUCAUAGGAAGUAUAACGCCAAGACAAGUGUUUUUCUCUCAUAAGGAAAGCACGUUGUGCACUAGACAUAAUUAUAACUCAGAGAAAAAUGAUUUCUCCUGUAGUUCAUGCAAGCAGACAUUUUCAUCAAAAUACUGUCUCAUAAUGCACGUUUUCAUUCACAUUGAUGGUGUAAAACCACCUGAGCAUAUCUGCACAUGUUGUGGUGAAGUAUUUAUCUCUCAUGACAGUCUCAGGAAUCAUGCCGCUACACAGACAGUGAAACAUCAAGAGAAAUGUAGACCACACACCUGUGGGAAAUUUUCUGCUGAGAUUGCUCAUCUCAAAGGACAGGCUGAGAGUGUAUACAAAAGUUAUUUUUGUGGGAAAGGCUUCAGUGGUUCUUCUAUUCUCAAGAAGUGUCUGCUAACUGGUGAGUGGUCACACAAGUAUGGGAAAUCGUUUACUGUGGCUGAUAGUGUCCAAAAGCAAUCAUUGAUUCAACUUGGUGAAAAGCGACAUAAAUGUGAUGUCUGUGGGAAAUCCUUCAUUCAUGGUAAAGGUCUCAAACGUCAUGUAAUAAUUCACACUGGUGCGAAGACACAUAAAUGUGACGUUUGUGGGAAAUCCUUUAUUCGUCGUCGUAAACUCAAAAAUCCAUGAUAAUUCAUACUGGUGAAAGUCCACAUAUGUGUGGUGUCCGUGGGAAAUCCUUUACUACUUCUGAUAGUCUUAAAUACCAUGCAACAAUUCAUAGUAGUGAAAGGUCACAUAGAUGUGGUGUCUGUGGGAAAUGCUAUGCUCAUCCUCGUGUGCUAAAACGUCAUGCAAUUCUUCAUGCAGGUGAAAGGUCACACAAAUGUGGUGUCUGUGGUAAAUGCUUUGCUCAUCCUAGUCAACUAAAAUAUCACGCAAUAACUCACACUGGUGAGGGAUCACAUAAAUGUCAUAUUUGUGGGAAAUCCUUUAUUUUUCCUAGUAAACUAAAAUAUCACACAAUAAUUCACACUGGUGAGAGAUCACAUAAAUGUCAGAUGUGUGGGAAAGCCUUUACUUAUCUCCGUAGUCUCAAUGUUCAUUCGGUAAUUCAUACUGGUGAAAGGCCACAUAAAUGUGAUAUUUGUGGGAAAUCCUUCACUAACUCUAGUAAUCUCAAACGCCACACAACAAUUCAUACUGGUGUAAGGUCACAUAAAAGUGAUGUCUCUGGGAAAUCGUAAAC